UCUUUUAAAUUUUCCACUUGUAUUAUGCCGAAUGGACAGGUAUACCUACGUAAGUAAUUAUCUAUUUAGGAUACAAUUUCUAUAUUAACCGAUAAGCUUAAACGCCCAUUGGUGCAUUCUGAGUUUUAUAUCGAGUUAAUAACCGAUAAGUUAUUUAUUGUUAUCCAGCGACAACGUUCUCGUUAGCUUGAAAUAGACAAUUGACCUCCAUGUGCUUCAGACACUUGUCUGAUAACAGUCUCUUUAACUCAACAACGUUGAAUGAGUGGGUGGGUGUGUAUCUCAAUUUAUUUUGUUGAACUUGUGGAGAUCACACCCCUACCUAGGUUAGUUAUUGUACACUAUUUUAACAUACCGCAAAACUCUUUGCGUAAUGACAACUUCACUUUUGAAUAACAUCUGUGUAACGUACACAAUCAGUUUGAACAAAGUAGGUAUUUAUACCCCAAUGUCAUCAGAUGAUUAUCAAGUACAAAAUAUUUAUAGAUAUUCUAGAAAAACAUACAAGAAGAACAGAAGAGGGACUCAUGACGACGCCGGCCCUCUUGACCAUAAUUACGACGGAGCUGAAGCUUCACCAAGAAGUGAUAUUCGCAGUGAUGGCAGAAUGGACAGUAACAUCGAUUCUCCCGGAUGCAGUUGCGAUGUAGAUCCCGAAAGUGAAAUCGCAAAUAUCCUCCACAAAAAAUGCCCUGUAAUCACUUUAGCGCAGCAGCAACUUCAGAGACUCCUGGAUGAAACUGACAAACUGCUUUGUGAUAAUACGAGAUGUUGCAGGUCUUUAUACGACUUCCUCUGCAUUUGUAAAGAGAUUUGUGUAACACAAGAUAAGCUUCGAUUAUUUUUAAUUUUAUUGGUUGCUAUUGGUUUUAUAAUGGGUCUUAUAGUUGGAGGUGCGACAUGCGGAUCUUACCUCGGAAGAUUUAACAGCCCAAUACUGAGAUGCAUCGACACGUAUUUCAUUUCAGAUUCAUAUAACAAUAUAGAAGACACAUAUCGUAGCAUAGUAUAAAAGUUGUAGUUUUAAACUUGUUAUCGUAAUUCAAAGAUUUCAAUAUAUUUAUGUAUUUUAGUAAGAAUAUUUUAGAUGAGAUUAUAGUAUUAAAAAUAA